AUGCGCGUAGGGAUAAUCGGCGCGGGCGCGGCGGGGCUUGCGGCCGCUUAUGAGCUGGUAAAGCAGGGGCACUAUGCCGCCGUGUAUGAGCGCGCGCCAUUCUUGGGCGGGCAGGCUUCGACUUUCGAUGUGGGCGGCGCGCGGCUGGAGAAGGGGUAUCAUCACUGGUUCACAAGCGAUACGGACAUCGUGGAGCUAACCGAAGAGAUCGGGCUUGGCGACCGCAUACGUUGGAUAGACUCAACGGUGGGGACGCUGGUUGACGGGAGAAUAUACGACUUUGUUACGCCGAUUGACCUGCUGAAGUUCACUGCGAUGAGCCUGCCGGACCGCAUACGGCUGGGGCUGGCGACGCUGUACUUGCAGCGUCAGAAAGACUUUCGCAAGUAUGAGGACAUCACGGCGGACGAGUGGCUGCGCCGGCAUGUGGGCAGGAGCGGGUACGACGUAUUCUGGGGUCCGAUGAUGCGCGGCAAGUUCGGCGAAGAGCACUACCGCGAUGUGGGCAUGGCGUGGGUGUGGGGCAAGAUUCAGACGCGGGUGAAGUCGCGCAGCAAGAGCAUGAUAAAGGAGAAGCUGGGGUAUCCGAUUGGAAGCUUCGGCGAAGUCUUCGAUGUGCUGGCGGAGCGUGUGCGUGAAAUGGGCGGCGAGGUGCAUACGGGUGCGGCAGUGGAACGCGUGGAGGUUGUGGACAACCGAGCGUGUGGCUUGCACGUGGCUCUGGAAGGCGAGGACAGUCGGUUCCUGGAAUUCGAUGCGGUUCUGGCGACUACGCCAUCCUAUAUUUUCCCGGCGCUUGUUCCGCCUAUGCCGCAGGACUAUCUGGCGAGACUGACGGAUGUGAGCUACAUGGCGGCGGUCCUCAUCGUGCUGAUACUCGACCGUCCUCUGACGGAUGUGUAUUGGCUGAAUGUGUCUGACCGCUCUAUACCGUUCGUGGCUGUCAUCGAGCACACAAACCUGAUUGAGCCGGAGCACUACGGCGGUAAGCACAUCGUGUAUCUGUCCAACUACCUGACGACCGACAGCCCGUUUUAUCGAAUGACGCAUGAGGAGCUACUGGACGAAUACCUGCCACACCUGCGGAAGAUAAACUCGGAGUUUGACGCUUCCUGGAUCGAGGAGAGCUACCAUCACCGUGUUGGGGCAGCGCAGCCGAUAAUCGGUCCGCGCUACUCCGAGCGUAUUCCGAGUCACAGGACGCCGUUCGAGGGGCUGUAUCUGGCGAAUACGACGCAGAUAUACCCGGAGGACAGAGGGACGAAUUACAGUGUGCGGAUGGGGCGUGAAGUGGCGGAGAUGAUAGUCGGCGACUCGAUGGGUUAA